CGGGGAAGCUGUCUGUUUCCAGUCGCCUACUGAAGAUGACGGAGUCGGAACUGAUCGCGGCAACUUCCAAAACAACGCGAGCCAAGCCCACAAACCACAGAGUCACUGGAAGUGUCCCAACAGGCGGUACUCGGAGCACUCGUUUCAACAUGAAUGCGGUUGUUACUUAUACAAAGUGCGCCGCCCCUGCCUUGUAAAGUGUUUAUCUGUAACUGGACUCCGAGUUCUGGCUCCGCGUCUCCUCACCUAGACAGGAGAGAUGGUCACCUACAGGGUCACGGUAGCCACUGGAACGUCAGAAUACUCGGGAACCAACGACUACGUCUAUGUCACUCUAGUGGGAGAGCGAGGGUCCAGCAAGAGAACUCUCCUCGACAAGCGGCUGUACGAUGACCUGGAGAGGGGGAGCGUGCAUGAAUACGGGGUGGAAAGUGAGAAGGACCUGGGUUGCAUCUGGUGGGUGCAACUGGACAAGGAGAAGUUCCUGAUGGGGGACGAUUGGUUCUGCCGCUACGUGAUGGUAUGGACGCCUUCGGGAGAGAGCCUCGUCUUCCCCUGCUACAGAUGGUUGUGUGACAAUGACAGUGUCUCUCUCCGGGAAGGAUCAGCUAGGCGACCCAUUGAUGACACAUUACCUGCCUUUCAAGCGCAUCGUCAGAGGGAGCUCGAGGACAGGCAGAAGCUGUACAGGUGGAAGGUUUGGAAGACUGGCGUCAGCAAGUGCAUUGCCGCUGAAACCGAGGACGACCUCCACCCGGACGUCAAGUUCAACAACAGCAAGCGUGCCGACUUCGAGAACUCCUUGCACUUGGCUUUAGGGGAACUGUUUCUGAAGAAGUUUGUGAAUAUGUUUGGAAACUCCUGGGACAGUCUGGAGAGCUUUCAGAGGAUAUUCUGGAGAAUCAGGAGUGCCAUAGGAGUCUACGUGGCGAAACAUUGGAAGGAAGACUGGUUCUUUGGGUACCAGUUCAAAAAUGGUUGCAAUCCCUGCUUGAUCGAGAGAUGCACGGAGAUCCCAAAGAAAUUCCCUGUGACAGCCACCAUGGUCAACCAGUUCCUCGGAUGCUCUACACUGGCACAGGAAAUGAAGAAGGGAAAUAUUUACAUCGUGGACUACAAGAUCUUGGAUGGAACUAUUGGAAACGUGAUUAAGGGGAAACAGCAAUACGUGGCAGCCCCCCUCUGUCUGUUGUUCCAGGACCCCCAGAACAGGCUGAUGCCUCUAGCCAUCCAGCUAGGCCAGAACCCUGGGCCCAACAAUCCUAUCUUUCUGCCCUCGGAUCCGGAGAACCUCUGGCUGCUGGCCAAGAUCUGGGUGCGGAGCUCCGAUUUCCAGCUGCAUCAGGUCGGCUUCCACCUGUGUGGGACUCACCUCCUGGGGGAGGUGUUCUGCAUCGCCAUGUUGAGGCAGCUUCCUGCCGUGCAUCCCGUCUUCAAGCUUCUGUCUCCACAUAUGAGAUACACGUUGGAGAUAAACACAAGGGCCAGAAACGAGCUCCUGGGUGAGCAUGGUGUCAUUGCCAGAGUAGUGGCCUCGGGUGGCCCUGGCCUGGAUGCUGUUGCCCAGAAAGCCUUUAAGACGUUCACCUACAGGUCCAUAUGUUUCCCUGACAACUUGGAGGAUCGUGGAGUCCAGGGGUUGAAGGAAUACUUCUACCAGGCUGAUGGACUCCAAAUCUGGGCUGCCAUCAGCAAGUACGUGAAGAACAUCAUGGGGCUCUACUACAAGAGUGACUCCGACGUACUUAAAGACGUGGAGUUGCAGGCUUGGCUGAAGGAUGUGGUCCAAGAGGGAUUUGCAGAGCUCCCUGGAAUUGUUUCAGGGAUGCCGACGAGCUUUCAGACCAGGGAGGAGCUGUUCAAGUUCCUCACUGUGGUGAUUUUCAUCUGCUCGGCCCAGCAUGCUGCGGUGAACAAUGGUCAGUAUGAUUGGAGCUGCUGGGUGCCAAACUCGCCUUGCACCAUGAGGAAGCCUCCACCCUCCUCCAAGGAAGACCUCUCAAUCGAGCAGCUCAUGGACACGCUACCCGAUAUGAGUCAGUCCGCUCUUCAGAUGGCGUUCACAUGGCACCUGGGUCGGCCUUUACCCGACAAGAUCCUCCUGGGCUUUUUCGAGGAGGAGUACUUCACCGAGCCAGAUGCUAAGAAAAUCAUAGUGGAGCUCCAGCGGGAUCUGGAGAAGAUCAAGCGACAGAUUGAGGACCGAAACCAGAACCUUGAACUCAAGUACCAAUAUCUGCUGCCUACUAACAUUGAGAACAGCAUCAGUAUUUGAAAUCAACUCUCACCAGGACCCAACCACUCACCAGUGGGACCCUCCCCACAUCCCAAUCACUCACAAUAGAGACCCUGUCAUGUCCCAAUCACUCACCACUGGGACCCUCCCCAUGUCAACCAAAAACCAGAGAUCAUCCCCAUGUCCCAACUACUCACCACCGGGACCCUCCCCAUUUCCCAACCACUGGAACCAGAGUACCCCUUCACUUCCUGGGUCCUAUGUUUCGGGGUGUCACCUUUCACCCUUAGCUUAUGGCAUCGAGUUGUAAUCUCACUCCAGCAGAGGAGGAACACAGGUAUAUCUAUACUCUCAUAAUUUAGUAUGCCUCUGUAAGAUCAAACCUAUUCAACCUUUCCUUGUAUAUGCGGCGUGGCACAUAGUGAUUUGUGUAACAUUGUUGCAGCAUCGCCAUCUGUAAGGAGUUUGUACUUUCCGCCCAUGACCAUGUGGGUAUCCCCCAGAUGCUUCAGUUUCCUUUUCCUCCAUGUCCCAAAGACAUUCGGGACCUCCUCAGAAGACUCCUUCCAGCUCGUAAGAUAUGAGCUUCCCUGCACAAAGCCAUCCUGACUAUCCCAAAUAAAUUGAUGCCAUUCCAAAUACGAGUAGAAUCUACCCCUUAAGAUUUUCUCUAAUCAUAUCCCUACCACUGAUAGAAGGCUAUAUUUUCCUUAUAUUCCAACCUGAUGGUGUGAAUAUCAAUUUUUUGAACUUCUAGUGAUUGCCCUCCCUCUCCUUCACCACUCCCCAUUCCUGGUUCCCUCUCUCACCUUUUCUUCUUACCUGCCCAUCACCUCCCUCUGGUGCUCCUCCCACUUCCUUUUCUUCCAUGGUCUCCUAUUAGAUUCCCCUGUCUCCAGCCCUUUAUCUCUUCCACCAGUCAACUUCCUAGCUCUUCACUUUACCAGCCCGCUAGUUUCACCUGUUACCCUCCACCUUGUACUUCUUCCUCCCCUUCCCCCCACCUUUUACGCUGUCUUUUCCCCUUCCUUUCCAAUCCUGAAGAAGGGUCUCAGCCUGAAAUGCCGACUGUUUACUCUUUUCCACACACGCUGCCUGAUCUGCUGAGUUCCUCCAUAAUUUUGUGUAUGUUGCUUUGGAUUUCCAGCAUCUGCAGAUUUUUUGUUGUGUUUGUAAGACUAUAAUUUCCUGCUCUGCCUCAGUUAAAUAGAGGAAAAAGCUUGUGACUCAAGCUUUGGGAUCAUGGAUUAAGGAUCAAUGUUAAAGGUUAGGAUUUGUGGUUAGAGGUAGGAGUUGCUGGAGCUGAGACUGGCCAAUUCUUAAGAGAGGUGAACAUUAGGGUUAGAGUUGAGGUAGUGAAACUUUCCCAGUCUCGUACUGAUGAUCUGACUUUGCACGAACGCCCUUUGGUUGAAGACAAUAUGCUGUUGGUACCUUCUGGUUUCAACACCAUUCUUUAACGCAGGAUAUGGGACUCCAAACAUCUUCUCCCUCUUUCUCGAAUAUAUCCACUCAUUCCGAACUGUCCCCCUAAUAAGGGGAGGUGAGAUGAGGUAAGAAUAGGGAGAGAGCGAGCCUUCUCCAGAUGUUGAAGGAUUUCUAGACAUUUACCUUUCCCAGAUACAGAAGGAAAAGAAGACCAUUUGGCCCAUCAUACCUGCUGUCCCAUUCAGAGCUUUUCUUUUAUCUCUGUGUCACCUCCCCUCACUGACUCCUUAACACUUCACACGUUCUGCAAAUGCUGGAAAUCCAGAACAAACACACACAAUACUGGUGAAACUCUGCAGGUCAGUCAGCGUCUAUGGAGAAGAAUAAACAGUCAACAUUUUGAGCUGAGACUUGCUUCUGGCUUCUUCUCCCUUCUUUUCCAGUCCUGAUGAAGGGUCUCGGCCCAAAACAUUGGCUUUAUUCCUCUUCAUAGAUGCUGCCUGACCUGUUGAAUUCUUCCAGCAUUUUGUGUGUGUUGCCCAUAACCCUUGAUUUCCCUUAGGCUUAGAGUCAUACCGAGAUGCAGUAAAGAAACAAGCCCUUCAGCCCAUCAAGCCUGUGCUGACGACCAAACACUUACACUAAUUAAUUUUAUUUUCACCACAUCCUCGUUGGCUCCCUCCAGAUUCUACCCCUCAAUCACUCAAUUUGCAGGGCCCAUUAACCCACACAUCAUUGGGAUGUGGGAUGAAACCUCCAUGAUGUGGGUGGGAACCAGAGCACCAGGGUGAAAUCCACAUGAUCACAGGGAGAAAGUACAAAUUCCACACACAGACAGUACCCAAGGUCAGGAUCAAACUACAGUCCCUGAAGCUGUAUGGCAGCUGCUCUACAAGCUACACCACUGUGUCAUACCAAAUUUUUUAAAGCUCUUUAAACCACAUCCUUUAAGCUUUUUGUCAGUGAUGAGAUAAUUAAUCUCUUGCACUUACAGAAUGAGUUGGGUAAUGUAACCAGAUCUCUCAAAGACCUUUUUAUUAAGAUUACUAUAGAUCUUUGUAACUUUCCAAUAAUCCCUGUUAUUGAUUGAAGAAUGCAUUAUUAUUUUAAAAUUAAUUUCAUUUCUUUCACUACUGCUGAUAGCCAAUAAAACACAAUUCUCCAGCUGCUGUGUCUGUGUCUUAAGAUGAUCUAAAACAGUUCUGAUACUACUGGAAUUUCAAGGAAUGAUUGGUGAUCUUAAUAAGAUCUUCAGAUAAGCUAUGAGAGGCUAGAUGGUGAGAUGUAUAAAGCAGUGAUUGAUAAAUUCUUGAUUAGUCAGGGCGUGAUGGGAUAUGGGGAGAAGGCAA